AUGCCGCAAUUUCAAGGAACCAUACGGGUGGUCUUCAUGGAGUUUCAUCCUUACGUGAUGAGAUACACCGGCGCAAACGGAGAAACUCGCCUCCACGGACUCAUGGCUGGACUCUUCACGAACAUCACCGCUUCAUUGAACCUCUCUUACAUCGCUUCGACGGGGGAAGACGGGGAAUGUGGGAUGCCUCUGCCGAACGAAACCUUCAAUGGCGGCUUCCUCAUGCUCCAGCAGAAUAAAAGCGACCUAGGUCUUGGUCCAUUCGUGUCGGAGGAGCAACCCUUCAGGCACUUCGCGGUCAUGCCGGCGCUGCAUUUCACCCGGGUUGCGGUUUUGAGUGGCAUGGAAACUGCGUUCGUUACGGAGGUCGCCAACUUUAUGAUGACGAUCGAUCUGUAUGUUUGGGCGCUGCUGCUCGUGUGUCCAUUGAUUCUUUCGUCCCUCAUGAGCUUUCGGGACUCGUUCCGGGCUAGAAUAGACCAUCGAAAAGAAACCGUCUUCUCUUCAUACCUGCUCAAGCUCGUCGAAUGUCUCCUCCAGGAAAGUUGUUCCCUCCCGCACCGCGACUUCUUCCACCGAUUGCUGUUUGCUCCGUGGAUUCUGGGCGCAUUCAUCGUCAUGCAGACCUUCGCCGGACUGCUCAAAGCGAACACUGCGGUGAAAUCUCCGACGAGCAGGAUCGAUUCCCUCGAAGAUCUGAUCGCCGACGAGAGGGUGUCGAUCUAUUAUCCGAGGAACAUGAUCAUUGACACCAUCCUACACUCCAUACCCGGAGAGCGAGGACGGAAGUUCAACGAAGUUCUUAACAAACGCGGGCGGGGCGUCACCGCGGCCGAGCUAUAUGCAGAGUCCGUUAGACUAGAGACUGUGCAUCGGAAAGCCGUCAUCGUUUCGGACCAGGCAUCUCUGACGGGAUGCGUGGGUCACUGGUGCACAACGACCCCGGAGUUCUAUUACUUCGCUGGAGAAUUCAUCUCCUUCCUGCAUGGGACCUGGUAUACCAGGAAAGACAUGAACUCGACGUGGCGAGAAGCCAUCAAGAUGAAGUAA